UUUAUUAAACUUUCUUCAUAAAAUUUGUUAAAUAUUAAAUAAAAUAUUUUAAAUAUGGCUUCAAGAUGUGAAGUUUUCUUGGAGAUUUUGCUUGCAAUCUUAAUUCCACCUCUUGGAGUUUUCUUUAGACAUGGUUGUUGCAGUUGUGAAUUCUUGAUUUGCUUGAUAUUAACCCUAUUAGGUUAUAUUCCUGGAAUUAUUUAUGCAAUUUAUGCAAUUGUGGUUCGUGGUUAUGAUCAAGAUGAAGAAUGGCGUCCACUCACAGCCUAGUCAUUAUUAUAUUUUUUUAAUUUUUAAUUUAUUAUUAUUUCUAUUUUUAUUUUUUUUGUUUUUGGAUAAUAGGAAAACAAUAAUUCUACAUGAUUUAAUUGGUUCUUUAAUUGCAAAAAUUAAUAAAAGUUUAUCAUGUCCCUAUUUUU